AUGGUACUUAAGGUCUUCUUUCCAUCAUGCUGCUCCUCAGCAGAAAGUGGCAUUUUGAUCGGCUGCUGGAUCUCAAAACAGAGCUCUGCUGUUAUCCUUGCCGUCGUCCAUUUCCCUUUUAUUCCUGUCCAGGUGAAGCAGUAUCUCAGUGAAGUCCAACGGGUGACUAAAGUCAGUGUUUCUGUGCUUGGCACAUGGAGCAACAGCAAACAGGAGAAAGAAGAGAGUCUGAGUGAGUUCUUGGAAGACCUUGGGACAAUAUUCUCUCAUGAGCCAUGGAUUCAGAUAAGCAAAGAGGGAGACAGCAAAUUUUGGAGCUGUUCUGCCCUUAGGAAACACUCCAACAACCUUAAGGAGGAAGAAAUAAUCUUAGUAUACUAUGACCAGCGCAAAGUCAUGCUUUCCCAUCUACAUCCCCCUCUGGACACAGCUACCUCCACUGACCAGGAGGCAGACGAUGCUUUAAAGCUCUCUGCCAUCUUUGACACAGUUGCGAAGAGCAAGAUACUGUUCAUGACGGACAGAUAUGAUGAUGGGCCCAUCAAAUUGACCCACUGGCAGUCGGAUGGAAAUAUCUCCGGGGUCUGCAGGAGCAGGUAAGUGAUUUGUAUGAUACUGUCGUCUCUGAGAUCAGUGGCCAGUGCAGUCGGUACAUUGCCAUGGUGUUUCUGCAGGGUGCUGAAGUUUUGGCCUUUGUCAUUCUUAUGGAGCAAACUCUCAACUUGUGAGCAGCUGGGACACCGCCUGCAGCACCUCCAGGUUAUCAGCAGCAGCCAGAAGGCUCAAAACCAGACUCAACUAAUGAGGAAAGCCAACAUCUUUGUCUCUCUGCUGAUUGAUGUGGUUCUGGGGAUACUGCUGAUGUCCUGGCUGUACAGAAAGAACCGAAUUGGUCACCUUGCUGACACUCUCAUCCCCGUGGCAGAUCACGUAGCUGAAGAGCUCCAGGACCUGCUCCAGUGGCUAAUGGGAGCACCAGCUGGACUGAAAAUGAACCGAGCAUUGGAUCAGGUUUUGGGCCGCUUCUUCCUUUACCACAUCCAUCUUUGGAUUAGCUACAUUCACCUGAUGUCCCCGUUCAUUGAGAUGAUCCUCUGGUAUGUCGGCCUGUCAGCUUGCCUGGGCCUGACUGUGGCUCUCUGCAUCCUCUCCGACAUCAUUGCGCUUCUGACCUUCCACAUCUACUGCUUCUAUGUCUAUGGAGCCAGGCUCUACUGCCUGAAGAUUUACGGCCUGUCAUCUCUCUGGCGCUUGUUCCGUGGGAAGAAGUGGAACGUCCUCCGGCAGCGAGUGGAUUCCUGCUCCUAUGACUUGGACCAGUUAUUUAUUGGCACUUUGCUAUUUACAAUCCUGCUGUUCCUUCUGCCUACAACUGCACUGUAUUACUUGGUGUUUACCUUGCUCCGUUUGCUGGUGGUGAUUGUGCAAGGCCUGAUACACUUGCUAGUUGACCUGAUUGACUCUCUGCCUCUUUAUUCAAUCAUCCUUCGGCUCUGCAGAUCCUACAGACUCGCAGCUGGUGUGAAGUUCAGAGUCCUUGAGCAGCAGGAUGGAAAACCUCUUCGACUCCUUAUGCAGAUCAACCCACUAUCAUACAGCAGUGUGGUACAGACAUACAGGCUGCCGACCUACAGCUGUUACCCUAAGGAUUCCUGGACAUCUCUCUGCAAGAAGCUGUUCCUUGGAGAGCUAAUCUACCCUUGGAAACACAAAGGAGAGAAGCAGGACUAAAGACAGCAAAAAACACAGCUUGAAAGACUUGGUCAGAAAAAUGUAUUGAAUCCUAAUGCUUUUGGACCAAAGGUAUCUCGGAGCCAGCAGCUGCUGGAUCCCUUUAAUUAAAUUUUGGUAACGUGGGAGGGGCUGAAUUUUUAAGGCAAGUAUUUUUAAGCAUUA